CGGGAGCGAGCGCCGAGCAGCCGCCGCCGCGGGCAGCGGAGCAGCAGGGGCCGGCGGCAGCGGCGCCGCCUCCCUCCCGCCGCGGCCAUGGGCAGCCCCUAGCCCCGCCACGCCGCCCGAUCAAGAAUGACUGUCAAAGCGGUAAAAAUGUCGUGCACCGCUCCAAACGUGUACACUAAAGUGCCUGACGGAGGAUGGGGCUGGACGGUUGCUUUUGCUUUUUUCUUUGUGGAAGCUCUAACAUACGGUAUUAUAAAAUCCUUCGGAGUCUUCUUCAAUGAUUUGAUGGAAAGCUUUGAUGAAACCAACAGCAGGAUCUCCUGGAUAAUAUCGAUAUGCGUGUUCGUGCAGACCUUCACCGCUCCUCUGUCGACGGUGCUCAGCAACCGCUUUGGUCACCGCUGCGUGGUGAUGGCCGGAGGGGUGCUGAUCAGCACCGGCAUGGUCGCGGCCUCCUUCGCCCGCACUGUGGUGGACAUGUACGUCGCCAUCGGUGUCGUUUCUGGCCUUGGAUACUGCCUCUCUUUCCUCCCGACUGUCACCAUUUUAUCACAGUAUUUUGACAAAAGACGUUCGCUGGUCACAGCAGUGGCAUCCACAGGAGAAUGUUUUGCUGUCUUCUCUUUUGCGCCAGCGAUCACUGCUCUGAAGGAGCAGAUCGGCUGGCGAUACAGCCUCCUCUCCGUUGGGACGCUGCAGCUGAGCAUUGUCAUCUGCGGAUCGCUGCUGCGACCCAUCGUGAUCAAAGAGCCAGAAGAAGUGAAAGUCCAGCCUGUGGAAGAGCCCGCAGAGACAAAGUACAUGCUUGAAAACGAGCAAACGCGCACCUCAAUCGAGUCCAUUGACUCAGGAGUAGAAAUAACUACCUCACCCAGCAACGUGCCUGGAAACGCCAAAGUAGAGCCGAAAAGUGAAGAACCAAAGAAAAACGUACAGAUCCCAGUUGAAAACAGCAGCACCCCUACAGAACCAAAAACCAAACUACUGGACUUCUCUGUGAUGAAAGACUAUAGCUUUAUCUGUUACGCGUUCUUCGGUCUGUUUGCCACCCUGGGAUUCUUUGCUCCCUCACUGUACAUCAUUCCCCUGAGUCUCAGCCUCGGCAUCAGCAAAGACCACUCUGCGUACAUACUGUCCGCGAUGGCAAUCGCAGAGGUCUUUGGAAGAAUUUCAGCCGGCUGGGUCCUCAACAAAAAGCCUAUCCGCAAGAUCUACAUUGAACUCAUCUGUGUUAUUCUGCUGUCUGUAGCACUGUUUGCCUUCCCUUUUGCCUCUGAGUUCUGGGGAUUGAUGACAUGUAGCAUAUUUUUUGGGUUCAUGCUUGGGACGGUGGCGGGCACGCACAUCCCGCUGCUGGCAGAAGAUGACGUGGUUGGCAUUGCAAAGAUGUCUUCUGCAGCUGGAGUCUAUGUCUUCAUUCAAAGCUUAGCUGGGUUGGCUGGACCACCCCUUGCAGGUGUCUUAGUGGAUACGACGCAGAACUACAGCUCGGCCUUCUACUCCUGCGCUGCCGGCAUGGUCCUGGGCGCCCUGUUCCUGUCCCUAGUGCGGCCGUGCAAGGUUGGACUGUGUCAGAGCCAGAAGCAGUGCGUAGAAGAAAACGUGGCAGAAGUCCCACAAGACCCACCAGAGGACUUUAUCGAAAUGGAUAUUGGAAAAGCAGAAAAUUCAGGAAAAGGCUCUGACAGCGUGGUAUAAAAAACUGUUCCUUCUCCAUCUGAUGCACCCAGGGGAACAUGCAAGCUCUGCUCCACCUUUUAAAACUAAAUUCUAAAGGGAAUGCAAAAUUUUAAAUGUGAACAGUUGCUAUCAACAACUUUUUUUUAUUAUUAGAAAGACAACUUUUUUUUUUUUUUUAACCAACAAUGGAAAGCUCCAUAGAAAAUAUGGAUAGCCACAUAAGAAUAACUUCUGCCUAGCAUGAAGAUGUGAUUCACACUCCUGCUUUCCUGAGAAGUGACGAGCAUAGGUGAAGGUUGGACUGAUCCCCGGUGGAAAACUGAGAACGGGAACAUCCGAAGCAGCCCAUCGAACCCUGUUAGCUCAGUCUCUGACUGCCUUUUUCAUCCCACGCUGCGACUCCUGCACAGUCAACAAACAGAUCAUACUAACUAAAGAAGAGUAUGUCACAAGGCACCAGUAACAAACUGAGUUUUCCUUCAGAAAAACAUGGAUUUGUGAGGAAGAGGCUAGGCUGGAUAGCUGACUCUAACAAUUGUUAAUGUUCCUCUAAUUAACUUGAACGUCACAAAUGCUGGGAAAUGGGAGGUUCCAGGCAUCUUUAUGGCCAGUUAUUACUGCACAUAUUUCACUACACGAUCAUUUUUCUUCUCCCAAUUAGUAUCCUUCAAACUGUUUUUUAUUGAUAGAUCUGAUGUACUGUUUCUAAUUUAACUAGUAUUUAUUAAUUUAUUCUCAGAUUGUUAAAGGCUGUUAGCUUAAAUAACUGGAGAGGAAAAAUAAUCUGUUAUUCAAAAAAGUUAUCUUUCCAUCAAUCCUUUCAGUACCUAUCUUGUAUUGCUAGCUUGUGAAAUUGUUGGGAAACUUUUAUUUUUACAGCAUAGACUAGCUGUUUUUAAUAUGUAGGUCUUAAAUAACCCACUUGCUGUUUAAAAAAGAAAGAGAUAAAACAAACUACAGAUAAAGCAUCUCUCUCCAUAAGGCCUCAGCUGGUAUAUUUGGACCUAGCUCAACUGCUGUAACCAGAACACCAUGCAGCCCUGAUUUGGCCCUGUAUGUCUUAAUAGCUAAACAUGCCCCAAACUCUCACUUCGAGGGGCACAAGUAAAUCUUUGCAUCCCUGAAUGAACGUGCAAAGCCCCACGGCCGCUGGGCUCUGCCUGGUGGGGCCUUGGACCACCCUCGCUGCCCCCCUGCUCCCUUUCCCCCCAUCCCAAAGUCAGCGAGAGGCUUCUCGCUGCUGACUUCAGGGCAAGAUGAACUGGACCCUAUGUGCAUUUUAACCUGAUAACAUGUAAAGAAAACUAUAAAAGACAACAUACUAGCUGUUCAUUUAGUCCUCAUGGGAGAGGUUCCUCCUCCCAGUGACACAAGCUUGCUCACCCCACCUAUAUGCAUCUUCAUGCCUCUAGGCAACUCAGGGGGACAAAUAAAAAGUCUGUUUUGGUUCAAAGAACACAUGCUUUGGAAAAAAAAAAAAAACCUGUGUAUUUAAGUGAAAGUGGCAUCAUGCAUUAACUGCUACACUGACAUGUCUGUAUUUUACCAGCCAUAGAAACGUGGGACAAUCUGUAAAAAAAAAUCUCCUCUUCGGGAAGGUGCUUGAUUUGUUUUUUUCUAGUUGUCUUAGAUGUCCAAAAAGUAACAGGCACUCUUGCAACGAAGUGGCUCGAGCAAUCCAUUGUCACUGCCUGCGACCCGUUGUGACCAUGCUGCAGUUUUGUGUCCUUUAUAUGCCUCAGCACUUUAUCACGUACAGCAGAACCUCGCCAAGUUGCGCCAAUGACUGGAAGACCCUCAGAGCGGACUAGAGUUUUGUGAAUCAGUGAGUAAAUGAACAAAUACGAUGUUGCGUUAAAGUGUACUUUUAUUUAUUGUUAAUUUAUGAUACUUCAAGCAUUUUGGUAAAUGUUCUGUAGAAUAUAAUUGUAAAAUUAUUGAAGUCUUUGUAAUACGAGACCUCACUACAGCACUUUGCUAUUACAACUCUGCUUGGAAGUGGAAUCAGGCCUCCCGGUGUUGUGUGUGUGUGAAAGCUCCCUGUUCUGCACAUCCACGAGGUUCUACUGUAGCUUUUUUUACAACGAUUUCCAAUACAGAUCGAGUAACAUGUUUGUCACUGACCUCACAGCACAUCUCUGUUUCUGUCGAUGUAGCUGCCCUGGCGGCACGAGCAGGUGAGCGAGUGAGUAUGUGUGCGUGCGGCCUCGGAGACCCAGACGCGGGCUUUAACGUGUUCAGAGCAGGACUUGCUGGUUUGUUUGUAAUGUACCUAGCGGACUCUGGAAAUAUGCUGAAACACUGAGUUUUGCAAUAAACUUUCUCUUUUUUUUUC